AUGGCUUGGCUAACCAUAUUCUUUUCUUUAUUUCCAACUAUUAUAAGUGAAAAUAUUGUCCUUUAUUAUCCAGUAUAUCCUCAUUACGUUGUACCAAAAAAUCGCCAAAAUUUUGAAUUAAAUGCUCCUCAAAGAAUUUGGUCCCAAGAACCUGAUGCUCCAUCCUCAGGAAUCGUUUAUUUAACAAAGGAUUUUAAAGAAUUGUCGCAUGUAUUACAAUCCUCUCAAUCACUGAAUGACAAUGGCGAAAGCGCUAGCCCUAAUCAUUUAUCAGUCGGUAACUCUGCUCAAGAAGAUGAAGAUAAAAAUCAACCAUUCAUAAUAAAUAAUAAUUUAAUGGAAAGUUUAAAUCCACUAAAACCAGAAAAUCAGCAAGAAUUCCAGGAAUUGGCAGCAAUGGACGAUGAGGAAUUUUCAGUUUACGACGAUAUAAUUAAGGACCCACCUGAGAGUAGCGUUCCGCAAAAAGCUAGAAAUUUAUUAAAGAGCGCCAACUCUGUGAAAAUUUUCGAUGAAAUAAAAAAAAUAAAACCUCAACAAAAUCGCAAAAAUCAACAAACUACAACAAAACAACCAAUACGGCUAUUCCUUCGUCCUAAACAAUUUACAAAAUAUCAUAAAAAAGAUCCCAGCAAAGUAAAUUCGCUAACAAUAAUACCAACGAAUUUGGUAAAUAAAUCGAAAUUUUUUGCGAAACGUUUUAAAUCUAUCGAAUCUUCAUUAAUUCGUAAAUUACCAACAUCACAAAUUGAAGGCGAUUCAAUUGUUCGACCAUGGUGGAAAUUCAUUCGAUAA